CCCGUCUGUCCCGAGGGAAUAACUUAUGCUAAUCAAAUAUUGAUUAGCGUUAUUAAUUGAAAGGAACGACAUGUUGCCAAGGUUAUUGAAGUGUUUCCAUGGGGCUCUAAAUGCAGUCCACAGAGCGUGAUGCCCUGUUCAUUUUCUCGACGUCUACGGUUUUUUCCAGAUUUACGGCGUGUGUAAGAACAAAUCCUCAUGAAACGCCGCCUGAGACAUGAAGUUGAAGCGACGUUGAAACAACAACGCCUGAAAUAGAUGAAUAAGAAAACAAGAACAUCUUCCACUGCGUCUGAAGGAACAACCGUGCGAUUGCAGCACUCCACCGCGGCCAUUCUGGUCGGAUUAUUUACCUUGUUGGUUUUCUGUUGUGGUUCCGUCGCUGGUGAAGGCAAUGCAUCUUCGAUCUCCAGCGAGGAUAGCUCGGUUUUUCCAGCAUCAAUUAGGGCUGUAUCGACCGCCAUUUCCGGCUAUUCGAGUCAUUCGGUGGGAGUAAACUCAUCCUCCGAAAAUGUCAAUAGCACCAGCACAACCACACCCACUUCACUUCUGAACAAGACCUACAUUCUCACCAUUCUUCGAUCUUCAAACUUUCCUAUCGUUGGUUCAACGGAGCCGAUUACAAUGGCGCUAUCAUUCGUUACCACCGCGGCACCCAUUACUCAAAGCGUUGGGGGGAGUGUGCGUUCGCUGUUAGAAGCUUCGUCGCUUUCGAUCACCGGAUUUACCGAACCGCUUACAUUAGCAUUGUUUACGAGUAGUUCAUUAUCUGGGAAUCAAAGCAACGCUUCCUCAUCAAGUAGUAGUGACAGGAGUUCUGCCACCAUAGUGCAGUUAAGUUCCAAAGACACAAACCCUUCGAGUUCCUUGCAAAUCAUAUCGCCUGUAACGCAAGAUGUUGUUGGGAGUUCGGCAGGAGAUAUCAGCGCAACAAAAAGCAUACUUUCGAAUUCUACAACAAUUUCGGGUGGCUUAUCUAGCAAUUUAUUUACUUUGACUUUGUCUAUAACCAAUUCGUUGUCAGGGCAUCGAAGCAACUCUUCCUCUAUGUCAUCGCGUAGCAAUGGCAUUGCUUCACCUCAUUCCUUUCAGUCAAGUAUUCAAGAAGCAAGCAUAUCAACUUAUUUUCAAGUUCGAACGACAAUAAUGCAAACGAUUUCCACGGCAACUGGGAAUUUCGUAGGUACUAUAGAUUCUACGGAACUGAUACUUUCGAAAUCUGUGACAGUAGCCAGUUCCUUAGUUCAUAACUCACAUACAAGGACAUCUUUCGUUGUCAAUAAUUCUUCGGCGUUUGUCCACCAAGGUGAUUCCACCGAAACACUCCUUAGCACUGAGCACGAAGGGAGCUUUCAUUCCAAUGCAACUCCUGGAACAACCAGUGGAUCAUACUCAGGUAGCCAAUUGGAAACUUCAAACGAAAACCACCCGCUAACCUUGCGUACAGACUUGGCGUCGUAUAUCUCCUCAACUAUGUCUACGCUCAUGACAACUGUUCAUGGAUCUAAAGCUCCCGCGUCGAAUGAGACGGCUACUCACAGUUUAUCACCAUCCAUCUCAGUCUCCGAGCCGAGCCGCAUUGGUGUUCACUCAUCUUUUGCCACGGCCGUCAGUAAUUCACCUCUUGGAAAAGGCAGUAUAAAAACUCUACAGCUUAAUCAAACGAUGCAUAGCACAUUCGGAAACUCCAGAUCCUCAGAAACCAGACAAAGUUCCGAGUCCAUGUCAUCGUCCAAUCGAGUUUCAGUUACGGAGAUAUCCACCUUCGACUCAUCCAAACAGACACCUGAUGUCUCCUCCGUUGUGACGUCAUAUCCAACUGGAUUUUCACCUAACACUUCUGUCAAAGACAAAGGGCAGAGUUCAACUGCAUUAUCUUCAUUUACUGGACUAGAGACGUCAAUAAAGCAAGCAAGCCUAUCGCAAGCGGAAAGUACUGUAAAUAAUUAUUAUGUGUCAUUUCCAAGUUCACCUGGCAUUGCCAAUUCAUUACAACCACUUUCAACAUCUAAAACUCUAUUCGUGUCAAAUGGGUCUCUUACAUACAGUAGAAAUUCGAUGUCCACCUCAGUUCUCAUGGCAACGAAAUCACUCUCUGCUUCAUUGAAUUUCCCGCAGGAAACAGCUGGAAGAUCUAGCAUUUCGCCUGACUCAAGUCAACCAAUGAAGACUACGCCUCAUUCUAGUCAAGUACUACCCAGUUUGUCUUUUCAAUCAGCUACGGCAACGAGACAGUCCCCUUACGCGUCCAUUGCGUCAAUCUCGUCUUCUAUUGUGAACACUUCUUCGUUAAACUCCACUUCAAAUUUGACGACGACUGCCGUACGUCCUUUGCCGUCGUCCGAGUAUAAGAACAUUUCUACUAUGGGAGUUUCACUUCUGAGAGCAUCUACAACUCUAGAGAAUACAAAAGGUUCCGCGUUCACGUCAUCCUCUUUUAAUGUGACCGCCACCACCAUCGAUUCCACGACCCAAGUAUUCGUGACAGCAACCAUUACUCCUUCAGGCAGCAGCUCGGUUGCCUAUACACUCGGACUAUCUCUGAAAAUAUCGGAAUUCCAAACUUCCACGUCCUAUAUUUCAUCAAAAUCACCAGAAGAUAAAAGCAUCGCCACUGUAUCAGAUCUUACGCCAUCUGUUCUGCCCACGAGUUCUUCAUACCUGGUCUCCUCUACACAUUCAACAGGGCCUCCUUUGAAAAAUUGGACAGUUUCGUUUUCCCAGCCUGACAGCAGGGAAGGUUCUGUUACAGCCACGUUUAUCAAGAGGCCAUCGACGUCGUUUACAUCAAUUACACCAAUAUUUAAGACAUCUUUCUCAGCAGAAAAGAUUACAUCCGAUUUCAUACCUACGUUAACGCUACCAACAGUGACCAUGGCAACCUCGAAGUCAGAUUCGGCUGCCUCCCAACUGGUUUCUACGAAUGCAUCGCGAAUGAUUCCCUGUUUGCGAAACUCAUCGAAGACUGAAUCAUUCUCUGUCAUUAGUAGUUCGGUUACUAUCAAAACGGUGUCUUCAUUCUCUGUCGUAAAUACAGCUUCAUCCCGGUCAGAUCAAAACCAAACGCACACUUCCAGUACGCUUCAGAGGCUUUCACUGGCGACAUUUGCAGAAACUGCCUCAAGGACAGCAAGCCAUUCAGUUUCAGUGCAUGGAAGGUCUUCUUUUUUGCAUGAGAAGUCAAGCUUGGCUUCAACCUCGAGAACUGAAUCUUCAUCUGAAAACCAGAGAACAACAGCGACAGUUUCAUUGAUAAUUACCACAGCAACUCAUUCGUCUCAACCUCAUUCAUCAAGUUAUGUUCCGGCUCUUCAGACCACAGUUCAGUCCCUGUCGUUGACGACUUCAUCACUCUCUUCACCUUUCACUCCGCUAUCGCGAAAUUAUUCCAUAACCACAGCUGUGGAUUUAUCACUUAGCCGGACGCUUCUGUCAGAAGUUGGAUCUGUUAAUGUGUCAACAGCUUCGUCCCUGAAGCUGACACGUAUCAGCAAGGAAACGUCAAGAAGACCUUCCGUAAACUCUACACAGCAAUCGAGAGUUUUGUCCACAGCUGCCAACUCCUUUCAAAGUUCGCUCUCUACGUUGGCCACAAACUCUUUGUCAGGGAGUCAGGAAGUAACAGCCACCUUGCUCCUCACCUCUUUACCUACAGAAUCUUCACCAGAACGGCCGAACUUUACAGCAACAGUAGCAUCCUUAAAUGUGUCAGCAACAUCUUUGUUCCAAACACACCAAUCAGCAGUGCCAACCUUACCAAGACCAUCCUCUACAGAAUUAGUCAAUACCACUUUGUUAUUCAAUCGUACUUCAAGUGUGAACAUGCCACAAAGCCAGAGUUAUCUGGCAACAACACUUUCAUCUCGAACUUAUUCACCAAGUGAUAUUCCUGUAGUUACCACAGGUUAUACGGCGGUUUCGUCUUCACUUCAACAAUCCACUCCAGAACAUAGUAAAUUAUCGACGCUUGCCACAGCUGUGAAAGGUUCACAAAACCAAAGUUUCACAAAAACGGUGCUAUCUGUGAAUAUGUCUGCAACGUCUUCAGUCCUAGUCCAAUCAUUGAGUAAAGUCCCAGUCGUUACCACAAGUUACAUGGCGUUAUCUGUUACACCAAGAUCAUCCACCCUAGGACAGAGCGAUUUACUGACACUGAGUGCGGUCAGUUCACAAAGUCCGAGAUUCACAGCAACGGCAGCAAGUGGAAAUGCAUCAAGGCCACUGUCGUCCCAAAUCCUUUCGUCAAGUGAAGUUUCAGUUGAGCCCACAAGUUACAUGACACCCUCAUCUACUCUGUCAUCCACACCGUUUAGAAGCGCUCUGGAGGAAAGUAACUCAUUAAUGCAAACAACAAGUGUGGCUAGCGGGACGACACCCACACCCUCAUCGCGAGUCUAUCCAUCAUUGACGGCAAAUACAAGUGUAGAAACAUCGCCAAGCCAGAGCUACACCACAGUGGCAUCAGUGAAUGUGUCUGUAACACUUUCAUCCAAGAUGAAUCAAUCUAGUGAGUUUACCGCUCUUACUAAAAUCUCGUCUACAAUAAAAUCAUCCGUUUCAGGCCGAAGUGUUGCGGUAACGCAAAUCUCAAGAUUAGGAAUAUCACAAAGCCAAACAUUUACAGCUGGAUCAGUACUAGCAACAACAACAACAACAGCAACUUCAUCUGUAAAUUUAUCAACGAAAGCCUCGUCCCAAAUGGCUUUUUCAAGUGAUGUUACUAUAAGCGCGACAGGCUCUUCCCCAAUAACAAAAUCCAGUUCGGUCGCCGUUGUACCUCCAGGCACCUUCGUACGCUUCGUAAUCAGUGUUCCUUUGAAUCAAAACUUGAGUGAUACAGCGAACCUGACGAGAGGAAUUCUUACUGUUUAUCAGAACGGCACUUUGGAUGGAAUAACAGGGAAUGUUUCUGUAAACAUCAUCAGCAUCGACAGGUCGUCUGCUCCGAACGCUACGAUGUCCAACGUGAAUAUAACGUUUCAAGUUCUCAAUGCUACGGAACCAGUUCUUUCUUAUUAUGUUAUUCAAACUAUUAAGCAGGCGGAUAUCACAUUGAAUCAAACCCUUGGAUACACGGUUGUACAGGAACCUUUCAUCGUUUACCUUUCCCUGACCUCGUCCUUUUCUACAAUGCUGGUGACCUCUUCGAUCUCAUCAUCAUUCAGUUUAACAAACGCCACUUCGGCGGUGAAGGACUCGAGCAUUAUGGUAACGGUUACCUCUAGUUUACCUGCAACCGUCAAGGCCACAGCUGUUGUCUAUACGACAUUAUCUCAACCUGACCUAGUAACAUCAACACGCUUUCAGCGAAGUUCGUUUUCACAAUCGAACGCUAUAUCUUCGUCCGGUUCCCUUUCCCAUACUCCGCAGACGUUGCAUUCUAGCAGUAUGUUGUCUCCAAUUUCAAGUUCUGUCGCAACAGAGGAGAACAAAACAGGUAUUACAAGUCAUUUCCCGUCAACAGUAGUGAGCCGUUCAUCUGUAGUUGAGAGCCCUUCUACCUUAGUAAUUUCCACUGGAAAUUUCACAUUUGCAUCAAGACGCUCGUCACAUUUUGUUUUAUCGACUACAUUAUUGAACGAAACGGCAUUUACAAUACCGUCGCUGUCAUUGCAGUCGAUCAGUUCAAGUGAAACACUGCAUCUGCCAAGUGGAAGUGCGGUUCAGCAAAACUCGACGUUAAUGCUGACACCAAGUCAAAGAGUGUCCUUGUCCCCAUCGAGUGUUUCGAUAUUGCCGUCGACGGGAGUGAGCGUUAGUACCCUGUCACCAAGUUACGUGUCAGGACAAUCUGUUUCGUUGGUCACAUUGAAUUUCACCGUUGCAGCAAGCAAAACUUCAACUCUGAUUUCCUUGACUGAACCGAGAAACGGUUCCGAAUUAGCCAGCUCUGUAGCCCUAAAUGGUACUGUGGUAACAUCAACCCAAGGAAGCUCUGCCUUCAGGAGCAUGGGUUUGAACGUUACUUCACUGGAGUUGUCUGCUUCAUCGAUGUCCAGAAGUAGUGCUUUUGCGUCGGUAAUACCUACGCGGUCAUCAAUAUUGUACAACGUCACUUCAACAAUCGAUUCCGUGCCAUUCAGCUCGUUGUCGCUGAAUACAAGUAUAGUUUCACAGUCCUUCAUGUUACAAAACACGUCUGUUGGUAUUUCAAUGCUGCCAACUACUUCCACGCCUAUUAAAAGCUCACGAACUUCAAUUAUCUUUCCCAGCACUUUGUCUUUAAGUCUUUCACAGCCGAGUAGAAAUUCGACAAUGUCAUUUGGACAUUCUGCGUCGAUAUUGAGGAGCAGUUUCGCUGUAAUUAGCCAAUCAUCUCCAGUAAUUAGCACUGAUGGGAUCGACGAUUCCAAGACGACCAUAUCCCUUUCAACAUCACCGGCCUCGAAUGUUAGCCAAAUGAGAACAUUUACGAUGGACAUGAGUGAAAUAUCCACAUACACACCGAGUUCAAAUAGGUCUUCCCCGCAUUCAACACCUUAUUCGACUGUGUUGAGGUCGAGUCAAACUACAAGCUUUGUCUACAGUGGGUCGUUGCUGACACCAGGCGUAUCUAGUAUGGAGUCAUUGCAAAGCAUCACACCAAGCGGCUCUACCCUAGGUACCUCUCUGAGUGUGGCUAGUAUAGGCAGUGCCCCUUCAUCAUCUAUGAGCAUGAUUCAAACCUCAGGCGUUACGACAAAUUUGUCUCGACCACUAGAAACGCAAACUUUAGUUGUUGACGGGUCCCCAUCUGUAACGUCUCUUGAAACUACAAUACGUUUUUCAGAGGCAUUCACACCAAGUCUACCACAAACAAUAGUCACCACUUCUGGUAAAAGUAUGAAACGUAGCAUUACCUCUUCACCUGAUCUGAGACCAAGUGUAUCAGUGGCAAAUGUUUCUACUAAAGAAGGAGUCUCGAUUUUCCCGAUUUCUACAGUAAUCCAUACAACGCCAAUUACAGUGACGACGAUUAAAGUGACACCAACACGACAAGUGACUUCACCUCCGAGCUCUGUCGAAUACCGUACAAGCAGCCUUACAGCUAUUGCCACCCAGGAAAGUUUAUCCAGUCGUCGGUCUGUAGAUGCAAUCAGCUCCUCCCUAGCGAGAGGUUCAAUGAACUCGACAUCUUUCGUCAGCAGUGCCAAAUCUAUGAGGACUAUUUCUAGUAGAAUUGAUGUACUUAAUUCGUCAUCUGCAUUAUUUUCAAGCAAAGAUCGUUCAAAGAUCAUUUCAUUAAAUAUUACUCAAGGGACCACCCAGAAGGUCUCUGAUACGACUCUAGCGAUCACAUCUUCGCUCCUGAAAUCAACCACAGUAACUCCAUUAAUCGCAAGUUCGUCUGUAACUCUCUUAACGCCAGUUACCAGAUUGAGGACUACAGUUUCAACAGCUCAAAGUUCGGCUGGGUCCUCAGUAAUUUCGUCGGUUACUCCUUCAAGCUCGAAUUUUUCUGUUCAGAUGCCAAGGUCUACUAAGCGUAUCCAUCCAAGUAGUAACUCCCUUUCAACAAGAACAGUUUCUGAAAGCUUGUCGGUAACUGAGAGUAGCAAGAUUUUACUUCAUACCUCUGUACUGCACGUUAAAUCUUCGUCGAUUGAUUUAAGGUCGUCAUCACUUAAAACGCCCCCUACGUUGUCGACGAUGAGGGGCGUGAUUACUUCUCGCCAAGUUUUAAAACCUACCAGUGUAACCGGGACCCUAUUAAAAGUGUCAGAUGUAUCAACUUCGAUUAUCUCCACUUCGAAAACGACGACAAUGUCGUCUGACCAGUUGUCGCCCAGCACUGUUGAAGAUGUUUCAACGCUGACACCAGCAAGAAGCUCUUUAUCCUCGAAAACGUCGUCUGUAGUAAGCCCAUCAACAGGACCACCCACCGAGCCUGUUCGUCCGACGGCGAAUACGAAUAGCAGUGAAGGACUUGUCGGUUUACAAAUACUUGUACCCGAGACCGAGGAUGAAGGUAAUGCUUCUUUCCGUCAGGUAAUUGAGGUGAGACUUGCAGCAGCGUAUAGGUGGGGACAGGAAAAGGGAAGUGAGCGGAGAAAACGGGACCUAACGUGGUACUGGAGAAGAUCUACGGUUAAUUUAGAUACCACGCGCGAGUUUGAGUCGUGGAAGAAAAGUGCUUUAUACCAAGUGCACGAAAAAAGAGGCAGGCGAUUUAGAAGACAAGAAGACAACAUUACUGUACUGGCAGAAACCAUUAGGCGGGCCAAGCCAAUCGUAGGAGAGGAAGUUGUCGACAUAGAAUACCGGGUUUUCGAAGGACUUGAAAUGGUAUCUGCCGAAGAUGUUGUGGACACAAUGAACAGGCUGAGUGAGGCUGAAUUGGUCGUUACCUUGAAAUAUGCGAUCACGUUGAGACCGUAUGUCGUGAAAGAGGCACCUGUAGAGCCUACAAACGCUCCAAGGAGAGACUCAAAAUGGGCCACUCUUAUCCCAGCUAUUGCUGUUCCUGUAGUGGUGGUCCUGUUUCUUAUCUGUGCCUUUGUAUGGACCAGAUUUGCUGCCAAGAGAAAGAGGGAACAGAAAAAAGUCGAGCCGUUAAAGGAGCAGCAUUAUGAAAGCCUCGAGGUGAAGGUUACGUCCUCCCAUGAUGUUAUUCCGCCUAAAAAUCUCCAAGGAGCUCCAAGGAAGAAAAGAUCAAGCAUUUCCAGCACAAGCAGCAGUGAUGUUCCCUCCAAGCGUCCCAAAGUGCCCCAUCCAGAUUACUCUCCGCUUGGGGGUCCAGUCAAACAUAAUCAUCAAUACAGAAGAAGAACAGACAUUAAAGAUGCCGAUCACAAACCUGCCAAGAGUAAAACCCCUCCUAAAGACGACAAAAUUGUGAAUGGACACAUCAAACACGAACAUCAUGUCAAAACGUCUGACGACGCGCGGAAUAGUAUUGAGAUGGGGCACUUAGCAGGCGUGGUAGAGAACUCUCCGCAAAUGAGAGACGAAAAACUGGCCACCAGUCAUGGUCGCGAAGAGUUAUCAGUACGUUUUGCAAAGCUGCCACCGCUUAUAGAGACUUCUCUAGUUGGACGAAAAUCGUCGAUCCCGGAGAAAGUAGUACAGGAGAACAAAGAAAAAGAAAGAAUCAUUGCUGAAUCGGGCGUCCCGCAGGCAUGGUUGGAUAAAAUGAAAAUGAUUGAACUUCAAAAUAUAGUCGCUGCCAACGAUGCGGAACUAAAUGAUGACGGAGAUACUCUUAAUCUCAAGGCAAAUGUUGAAAGAUGGAGGAACAAGAUGCGGCAUCGAGAAAAACUGCGACAGGACAUGAGGGAGAGGGAGAGGGAGAGAGAGAAAAAGUUGAAGAAACUCGAAAACGAUGAAAAGGGAGACAACGAGGCAAAGAGAGAAGACAUCGACAAAUCAGAGGGUAUGUCAACUAUUUCACAGCGAAGCCUUACAGCAGAGCGUAAACGAAGGUCUCGGUUAGACCGCUGGAGAAAACAUCGGGUAGGAACUUCCAGUUCAAAGGGCACGAGUAGCAGUAACAGCAGUAGCAGCAGCAGCUCGGAGAGUGACUCGGAGGGAAAGGAGAGGACCGAGAAAGGAGAAAAAGAGAAAAGAAAACGAAGAAAGAAAGAGAAAAGGAAAAAGGCAAAGGUUCCACCCCUCGCAGCAGGCCAGUCCGCGAGAGCUACUGCGGACGAAGCAUUACGGGAAACAGCUUGGACGAUCAGAGAGACGCCUGGUGUACGUCUUGUAUCUGUCAAACCACACAAUGAGGGCUGGGAGCAACAGCAGACGGAGCCUGCGUACAUACCGAAUGGCGUGCCAGCUCACAGAGUUCAACAGCCACGUCCGGUUUCCUCACGAUCAUAGCAAAGAGAACGAGUUCAUUACCUGUUGGAAACUGGUUAUCCUGUUUAUCCUGUAAUGUCCACUCCCAUUGUAGAACCGACUGCAACAAAAUACCCUGAGGAAGAGGUUCAGUACGAGGAUAUGGAAGGUUUGGAUCCCUACAUACCUCAGUACGAGCAAGACAUAUAUCUUAAAGACGAUAGCAUUCCAAAUGGUCCUCCACCAGAACCAAGGCAAGCGUUCGUUGGCCCGACAUACUACGAAGACGACCACAUCUAUGAAGAGCCUGUUUACACCCCUGCGUCACGUCCUCAAACCCGCCUCGUAACACCUCGACAAAACCAAACGCGAGCGCUGAUUCCAACGCAUUAUGCCACUGGAUAUGUAGGAAGGCCUAGAGGCCGACCUACCUCGGCAUCACAGCACCCCGAGACAGCCAGGCCAGCUAGAACCAGACCAAUCUCUGCUAGGACGGAGUCAAUGCCACGGUAUACUCCCUCGCCUGUUCGCUCUUCGCCUCCGGACCGAAGUGCUGCGCCACCAUCUUUGCCGGGUUCCCGUUACAUGAUAAGUAAUCGUCCUACUGUAGCUACCGCUCCACAACCAAGCAUUGGUACUUCUCCGCGUUAUAUGGUAGAUCCUGAGCGGAGACAAGAACCCCCCAGCUCCUUUGACGGUGCUCGAGUUAUUUUAUCUCGUGCUCAAGCCAACGUAGAUCGCUUUGAACAAGACAGCAGGCUCCACGCCCCGGAUGAACCCGACGCACCACCAGCAUCAGAACCUCUAUAUGCCACGCCACAAAAGAAGACUCAGCCACACACACAGCCCACCAUACGACAUGCUCGAGCUCCACUGCAAAAAGGGAACUUGCAAACUAACAAUUCCCGAUUAGAUAUGUCGGCAAUGGAACGUCAGGAGUUAGAGGCACAACUGCUGGUAUCGCGCGCCUUGGCUCGCGCCAGAACAAACGUAAGAACAUAGUAUUCCUUACAUUACUCCGAUUAAUUGGUGUUGUUGAUUCUGCUAAAGAAAAGCAAAUGUAAAAAAAAAAACGAAGGGGGGCUAGAGUACUAAGACCCGUUGUUUCAAUUUUCACAAAUUAAAUUCGACGUUUACAGCCCGAGAGAACUAGUGCCUUGAUUGGUCGCGGGCGUUUAUUUCCCAGAAAAUUGUCAGACUCUCCGAACCUCGGUGGCUAUGUUGACAAACAGCAAAGUGGUGCGAUCACAACAUGUUGACGAGGCAUGUGUUGAAGCCAUGCUACUUCUGAUCUGAAAGUACGAUCGGAAACCCUCCGGUUGCUAAUGUUCUUCAACCGUUUAUCGCGCCAAACGGUUGUAGCGCUUUGACUAAAGAAAACCUUUUUAUUGUUGUCUGUUUUUAUCCUAACGUUCUGUUUUCGUACAAAUCGUUUUGUUUCUCUUUGUUUUAUGACAUCGCCACACGCUAUUUUUGUUAUCUUUUUGUUGUCUAUCUCCCAAUUGUAAUGACGUCUCUUUAGUUGUUUAGGAUAAGGCAAAAAAAAAAAAAAAAAAAANAAAAAAAAAAAAAAAAAAAAAGAGUAGAAUAGUUACAUAUUAGUUUACAAUUUUAGAUAUAGUUCAUACACAUUUAACGGCUGUAAAAAUACGAAUCGUGUUGGCUGCCUGUAAAUAUCAAGAAUUAGCAAAGAUGAAAGUUAUAAAGAGAAUAUUUGAGCUUCUUUUAUACAUGAAAAGAUCUGCUUAUUUGAUGAAAGAUAUUUUAAUAACAUUAAUGUAUGAAAUGAUUAAUUUAUGACUGAGACGUUAAAGAUAAUUAAAGCAGAAUAAUAAAACAGGUGAUGGAAAUAGAUUAAAGAUGUGAAUAAAAUUUCUUCAAUGAUA